AUGCUGGUGGCAGCGCAGCCACCACCAUCCCACACCUCCUUCUCCCCACAGGUGCAACCCAAACUGCCACAGGCAGGACUGCCGUGCAGCCAGACCCCAUCCUUGUCCAUCCACGGGGUGAGGCUGCCACAGCUCCACUGCCCACAGAAGUCACAGGCCUCUAGGAAGAAGAGCACACAGACAGACAGCCUGAAGCUGAGGCAGGCACUGCCCGGCAGCAGUGCCACCGGUGAACGGAGAGAUCCUCUACCAGCCUUGCCGCCUCUGCCAAGGCAGGCAGCGACACUGAGAGCUACACCUCGGCAUUCAGUGGGAGCUUCAACUAUCCCCCGGCUGCCCAGUCUGCCAGUAGCAGGCUCCACCUCUUCUGUGCCAUGCAGAGACUGCAUCACGAGCACCAAGGCUGUCAGACUCCCCGAGGUCGUCCCACGUCCUCAAGGACACGUGAGAAAACAGCAAAUGGCAGCAACUGCCGAGAGCCGGGGGACAGCCCUGCAAGCCCCCGCAUCCAUUCUGGCGCCUCUGCAGGCCAGACCCCAGCAAGACAACAGGCCAACCCCAAGCCAUGCUGCAGCCAGGAGCCAAAGACCCAGGGUGCAGCUGAGGGUACAAAGGCACUACGCCCCUCCCAGCAGUGUGGCAACACCUGCAAGGACAGCCCAGGUGCCGGCCACCAAGACUGAAAAGAUGCCAGCAACACGGAGAUGAAAAGAUGGCCAUGCUUGAGAGGACACC